AUGGAGAAGCCCGGGGCCGCCCCCGCCCCCGCGCCGCCCGGCCUCCUGCCGCUGUCGGCGAUGCAGCCCGAGCCGGGCGGGGUCCCGCUGCACUCGCCCUGGACCUUCUGGCUGGACAGAUCGCUGCCUGGAGCCACCGCGGCCGAGUGCGCAUCCAGUCUGAGGAAGAUCUACACGGUGCAGACAGUGCAGAUAUUCUGGAGUGUGUACAAUAAUAUUCCUCCUGUGACUAGCCUGCCUUUGAGAUGUAGUUAUCAUUUAAUGCGAGGAGAGAGGCGGCCACUUUGGGAGGAGGAGAGUAAUGCAAAGGGCGGCGUGUGGAAGAUGAAAGUCCCCAAGGACAGCACGUCCACAGUUUGGAAAGAGUUGUUGUUAGCGGCUGUCGGGGAGCAGUUCGCGGACUGCGCCGCAGCAGGCGACGAGGUGGUCGGAGUCAGCGUCAGCAUCCGCGACCGAGACGACCUGGUCCAGGUCUGGAAUGUGAAGGCCUCGCUCGCGGGCGAGGCGACCGUGCUGGAGAAGAUCUAUGGCCUGCUGCCGCGCACGUCCUUUAGAGCCGUGUUUUAUAAACCCCAUGAAGAGCAUCAUGCUUUUGAAGGUGGACGUGGAAACCCUAAUUGCACUCUGUAAAGAAUUCUUUGUCCUUUGCUGAGUGGUUUUGGAAACGGUCUUAACAGGAGGGAGAGUGACGAGAAGACUUGCCGAAGUCCGAUGCUGUCGCUUUAGAGUGGGUUUCUGUCAUUGCAGAUGGGCACUUAGGACUUGGAGUGGCAGGUGGGGUGCGGCUGGGGGUUUCUACCGUCACAUUGCUUUUGUCUAUUGUUACUUUCUAAAUUGUGUUUUUUUCACUCCAGUUUUUAUUUUGCCCUUUUAAAUUCCUUAUUCGGUCUCAUUAUUUUUUUGUACACUCCCCUUUCAUUGAGGCACAAGAAAUCAUUCUCCUUUUAAGCAGCUGCACAUACCUGGUUCAUGAGAACGUACAUAGUCCCGACGGCCUGCGGGCACCACCCUGAGCCCGAGAGGCCGUGGGCGGGCCUGUCCUGACGGUCACACUCCUGUGUUCUGUGCACAGGGCAUUGUUUCUUCUGUCCUGGGGAAACAGAAACACACUGAGUCAGGUUUUGUACUGACAGCACACGCAUCUUGGAUUUCUUCUAUUUAAAAACUUUUUUAUUAGCUAUAAAAGGAAAGUAAUAAUCGGGUUGCCUACCAUGAAAACUGUAAUCACAGUUGAGUAUCAGGAUACACAUCGAACUCUAGGUGUGGACGCUGUGAACAUAAUUCUAACCAGAAUCUCAAUUUGGCCUUCUUAAAGCAAGGUUUAAAACAGUAACAAGGGAUUUCUCCAAAUAAGAAGCCUUAUACAUCUGACUUAAAGAGGAGGGAACACUUUAAUUGUUUGAAUGAAGCGUCUUCCAGAUUUUGGAGGUGUACCUACUUAGGGCGCUCCACAUCAAUCUGACACAUUUUGUUAAAUGACCCCUUCCUGCUCCUGUCGGAUGUAAUUUCCAGUGAUUAGCAGUCCCCCAAAACGGGCAGCUCUCCCUUGCCUUUUUGUUUAGGAGCAGGAAGUUAAAUCUCAUUUCCAGGAUAAAUGUGAACAUUCACAACAUUGAACUUCGAAUGCGUAUGUGUUCGUAUUAAUUUUUGGAAUUGUAUAUACUGCACCACGUCACCAAAGAGUGCGGUUCUAGUAGCAGGACAGCCGCCCUCUGGACACGGAGACUGUUCAGGUGCCUGUGUGUCCCCCCAGCCCCCCGGCAUGCCCGCUCCUUCUGUCCCACCUGGAAGAGGCAGGUCAUCUGAAGAUGCCGCCUCCUGCUGGUGGUUUGGAGUCAGGGCUGCUGGCACACGCUCACGCAGUAGGCAGAAGGGCCCCAGCUCGGAACGUCCCUUCCCGGGAUCUCUCAUUCCCCUUGCAGUGCUGACCAGCAGAGACAUGGAGUGUCCUGCGAGCCCAGCCUGCGUCUGCAGACACAGCUCUUCACUCAGACCCUAAAGGACUGUCACCGCAUCUGUCACGAACGCCGCGCCCUCCACUGGCAUCACUGCCCACAUCGGCCACAGUAACAAGCAUCACACAGCAGUUUUCUUAAAUGCUUUGUUCUAAACUUGAGUUUCUGUAGUGACUUUAAAAUGAGAUAUCAUACCCAUUUUUCAAAAGCCUGGAACUUGUUUCUUUAAAUAUUGUACUAACA